AUGUCGUACCCAGUGAUUUCGUCUGACUUGGGUUGCAGUGUUGGAAGCCCGCCUAGAACAGGCUUCCAUGUUGAAGAAGGUAUGAGUCCCCAUCCAGACCAGAAACCCGAGCUGAUGAUUCCUCAGGUCGUCGAUGCAAUCAAGGACCUUGUUCAGGACUGCAAUUUCGACUGCAAUGAUUCCGGCGUCGCACUGCAAGCUAUGGAUAACUCGCACGUCGCCCUCGUUUCCAUGAUGCUCAAGGCAGAAAUGUUCUCCCCCUUCCGAUGCGAUCGCAACAUUGCCCUCGGCAUCAACUUGAACUCCUUGACCAAGGUUCUCCGCGCAGCACAAAACGAGGACAUCCUCACCCUCAAGGCAGAAGACGCCCCGGAUGUCGUCAAUCUCGUCUUUGAGAGCAGUGAGACGGACAGACUCAGUGAAUAUGACAUCAAAUUGAUGGACAUUGAUCAAGAGCAUUUGGGAAUUCCAGACACUGAGUAUGCCGCUACCAUUGAGAUGCCUAGUGCUGAAUUUCAACGCAUCUGCCGUGAUCUCAUUCUUAUGUCUGAAUCCGUUUCUAUUGAGGCUAGCAAGGAUGGAGUACGUUUCGCAUGUCAAGGUGAUAUCGGCAGCGGUAGCGUCACUGUUCGACAGCACAAGAACAUCGACAAACCAGACCAAGACGUCACUAUCAACCUUUCUGAACCCGUCUCCUUGACGUUUUCGCUCAAGUACCUGGUCAACUUCUGCAAAGCGAGUGGUCUCUCCACCCGAGUCAAGCUCUGCUUGUCCCAAGAAGUGCCACUGUUGGUUGAGUACAGUCUCUCUGGCAGCAGCUACCUACGAUUCUAUCUGGCUCCCAAGAUUGGCGAUGAUGAGUGA